AUGCUUCGUCGAGAUUCUUCUCUGUCGUGGAUCCCACUCUGUUCAGCUCAGUCCUGUGCAGGUCCCUUGGCUGUUGCGGCUGGUGCGGAAAAUCAAGCAUUCCUCAACAGUGCUUUGGCCUCUUCCGGACUGGAUCGUCCUGACACGCAGGCCUUCCUUGUGUCGCUUUCGCUAGCAACGAAAGAAGGGGAAGUUGCAUCCAAGUUCCUAGGCGUCAAGCAAGAAGUGUACGACAGGUACUACAAGCCGAACAGGGACAAGAAUUCCUUCAUGAUCGUCCCAAUAGUUUUGAGACCAGCUUCCAGAGGCCGGGUUACACUGAAAAGCGCACGUUAUACAGACCAUCCCAUCAUUGACCCGAGAUAUUUCUCGGAUCCUCGUGAUCUGCAGACUGCUAUCGAAGGGACAAAGGAGGCCAUGAAAGUCUUGGAAACGGCACCAAUGCGGGCUCUGGGUGUCGAGCGUUGGAACCUGACAAUGCCAGGAUGCGAAGACAAGAAGCUAUGGAGCGACGACUACAUCGCCUGCCUAGCCAUGCAAUUAACGGAGACCGCCUGGCAUUUUGCCAGCACCUGUCCCAUGGGAGAAGGUGUACAAGCCGUCGUUGAUGCCAGGCUCAGAUGA